AUGCUCACCUUUUUCAGUCAGAAUUCCACCCUUGUUCAACACCAGAGGAUUCACACAGGAGAUAAACCCUUUAAAUGUCCUGACUGUGAGAGAAGUUUCAGUCAGAAUUCCACCCUUGUUCAACACCAGAGGACUCACACUAAGCAGAAAGUCUUUGAAUGUCCAGUCCGUGGAAGAGAUUCUCUCAGUGAUUAUAGCUCGUGGUGCACCAGAGGACUCACACAGGAAAAAAGCCCUGCAAGUGCUCCCAAUGUGGUAAAUACUUUAGCGAAUAUGGCAAUGUGGACUGACACCAAGGAGAAACUGUUUCAAUGUGCUGAUUGUGGAAAAAGUUUCAGUCACAAUUCCAUCCUGGUAAACCACCAGAGGACUCACACAGGAGAAAAACCCUUCGAAUGUCCUGAUUGUGGUAAAAGUUUCAGUCACAAUUCCAGCCUGAUUCAACAUCAGAGGAUUCACACAGGAGAGAAACCGUUUGAAUGUCCUGUUUGUGGGAAAAGUUUCAAUCAGAAUUCUCACCUUGUGGAACAUCAGAGGACUCACACAGGAGAGAAACCCUUUAUAUGUCCUUACUGUGGUAAAAGUUUUGGGAAGAAUUCCAACCUGGUGAUACAUCAGAGAAUUCACAUAAGAGAGAAACUCUUAGAAUAUCCUGAUAGUGAAAAGUUUCUCUCGGAGAUCCCAGCUCUUGCACCAGAGGUCUCACACAGGAGAGAUGUCCUUCAAGUAUUCCCAAUGUGGUAA